CUGACUACAAUGGACUCUGGGGAGAGCGAGAGGUUGUCCAUGCUCCUAUCGGAAUACCUGGAAAGGACAUACACCGGAAGGAGGGAGGAGGUAGCAAAUAUACGCAGGGCGCUCGUCUUAUAUGAAUGCUUAAACAAUGCGGACAAAAACUCAAUUCACGCCAUUCAAGGGGGAAGCUUUGCGGAGGGACUUUGUCUGAUGGGGUCGGAUCUGGAUGAAAUGAUUGUAGAUACACGCGUGGUAGUCAUGUACGAUGAUCAGCCUAUCCCCGACAGCAUUCCACUCAAAACAGUACUGUUCAUUAGAGAAGCGGAGAACUGCCGCCCUGGCUAUGUCAGGUUAGAACUCGGCCAGUUAGGAGAGUACUGCGACGAGAUUCUAUUUCUCUCACUAGUGACAGUUGGGAAUUCCCUAUUUCUUUCCAGCGAUUUCUAUCGAGAACAGGGUAUUAGUUCGACAAGAGAAAUGAGUGGCUGGAUUCUAGAAUCCAAUGGGCCCAGCUGUUCAUCAUCAUCGAUUUCACAGGACACUGACAGCGUUCAUUGUUUCCAUUGUAACUGUUGGCCGAAGGAGGCUAACGAAUGGAUUACACGUAAACGUAUGUACGGCUGGCCUCCUCAAGCCUUGAGGGACAAAAUAGUCGAAAGUGGAUGUCACCUUGUCCCCGUCGGCGACAAAUGUUCACCAUCCACAUUAUUACAAUGGAGAAUUUCAUUUUCAGUAGCAGAAAUAUCUUUGAUUCACUCCUUCUCUCACAUCCAACUCAAAGUGUACACGCUGCUGAAAUAUUUCUUAAAACAAAUAAAGGAGACAUUGAAAGAAACCGUUGGGGAUGAUGACAUCUUGUGCUCCUACUUCCUAAAAACAAUCCUGUUUCAUGCAAUAGAGAAUUCCAGCCAAAUGUUCUGGCAAGACAAGAACUUAUUCUACUGCUUUUGGUUUUGCUUCAACAUUCUAAUUGGGUGGGUCAGGGCGAGAUUCUGUCCCAAUUACUUCAUCCCAAACAACAACUUGUUCCAGAGGAAAGUACACGGGCGGCAUCAACAGAUACUGCUGGGGAUUUUGAACAGCUGUUAUCAGAUGAAAUGGAUUUGCCUCUCGGUGGGAAACUUCUUCGAACCUUCCAUAUGGGAGGAUUUGAGUAACCCAUCAACACAAGCGAAGCUUAAACGUCCUUUAUCAGUACAGGAAGUUGCUCUCAACCAGGACACGAUAACGGUUUUCAACUUACGAUCCGUAAUUGUAGGACCUAGUGCUAUCCGGACCAUUAGCAAGGCGUUUCAGUUAUUACCAACAUCACAGUCGGACUUUGAUGAAAUUUACAUACAUCACUACGUAACUAUGUCCCUACAAAAGCUGGCAACGACACAAGUUUACCCGUGUCACACACGUACCACAGGCAACAAGACCAGGUACCACAGCCUCAGAAAAUGUAAACACUGGAUGUCUCCCAGUGCUUUAAUGGGCACAGAAGUCUUGCAUUUGGCAACUUUUCAUUUCCUGACCGGAAAUUUCAGGAAAUCUCUGGAGGAGUGCAAGCAAGUUAUGAGACUUGCCUCUUAUUACACAUCUAACCUGCUACACAACACAAAGAAGAGGUUUCAUCCAGAACAGGUAGCAAUCCAUCAACAGCAGUACCGACAACCCGGACAAGCUUCAGACAGACUGCAGAAACUCUACACAGGUCUCAUCAUGUUUUACUGCAACAAAUUUCACCUUCCUCAUCUGGGUCUUGAAAUGUCAGAAGCAUACUCCCCCUUACAGUGCCUAAUUAUCCCUCCACUACCCUAUACUCUGUUUCUGAACUUCCUGUGCUGCCACGAGCUAGGAGACACCAGAGGACGCAGUACAGCAUUACACCACCUGAUGAAGAUCCAGUAUCACGAGGAACAGGGAGGACACAAGUUCUGGAUCGUUCACACACUCCUGGGGAUCUGUUAUCAAACACUUGGGGACUAUCACAGGGCCAUUGAGGCUUACUCUGAGUCAGCACAAUCAAAGACUGAUUUCCACGAGUGGAAUCCUGCCAUUGACAGGAUAGCCAUAGUGCUUCUGUGUAUGUACGUCUCAUAGAGGUCUGACAGGGGAUAGCUGUGAUGUAUCUAUGUAUGUACGUCUCAUAGAGGUCUGACAGAGGAUAGCUGUGGUGUAUCUAUGUAUGUACGUCUCAUAGAGGUCUGACAGGGGAUAGCUGUGAUGUAUCUAUGUAUGUCUGAUAGAGGUCUGACAGGGGAUAGCUGUGGUGAAUCUAUGUAUGUCUCACAGAGGUCUGACAGAGGAUAGCUGUGGUGUAUCUAUGUAUGUCUCACAGAGGUCAGACAGGGGAUAGCUGUGAUGUAUCUAUGUAUGUACGUCUCAUAGAGGUCUGACAGGGGAUAGCUGUGGUGUAUCUAUGUAUGUACGUCUCAUAGAGGUCUGACAGGGGAUAGCUGUGAUGUAUCUAUGUAUGUACGUCUCAUAGAGGUCUGACAGGGGAUAGCUGUGAUGUAUCUAUGUAUGUACGUCUCAUAGAGGUCUGACAGGGGAUAGCUGUGAUGUAUCUAUGUAUGUCUCACAAAGGUCUGACAGAGGAUAGGUGUGGUGUAUCUAUGUAUGUCUCACAGAGGUCUGACAGAGGAUAGGUGUGGUGUAUCUAUGUAUGUCUCACAGAGGUCUGACAGAGGAUAGCUGUGGUGUAUCUAUGUAUGUACGUCUCAUAGAGGUCUGACAGGGGAUAGCUGUGGUGUAUCUAUGUAUGUCUCACAGAGGUCUGACAGAGGAUAGCUGUGGUGUAUCUAUGUAUGUCUCACAGAGGU